CGCAAUUUACCAACACACGCAGGAUGGCGGACGUUGUUGUGGGUGGUGGUGGCAGCGGCGGCCGCGGCGGUGAGGCAACGGCAUCAUCGUCUGUGAUGAACAACAACGAUGCAGCUGCUGCAGGGGUGGGUGCGGUUGUUAGUGAGAUCAGUGGCAAAUUGCAAAGAGUACGUGCCGCUAUGGAUGGCUUCUUAAGCAAGCCCACAACGCGUCGCAUCAACGCUUACGUCACCAUCGCCGCCAGAUGGCUUGUGUGCGCGUUUCAUGUCAACUGGGCGCUAACCCAGCUGGAGCUGUGGUAUUUUUACGGGCGCACGUUUCCCUGGCUCCUCGUCAUCUUUGUGCUGCCUGCUGCCACCCUUGUGUGUGCAAAUGUCAAGCCCGCCAUGGCAGCAACAGUCCUCCUCAUCUCGUCCUUCUUCACCUUCUUCGACGUCAUGUCACAAGUCCUUUGGGUGUGGUUCAAUCACGGGUCAAUCUACGUCAACGAGCUCAUGGUCAAGAAACUGGCAAUCAUUGGCGCCAUGAGCUUGGUUAUCCUGCGGGAAUACAACCCGAAACACCGCGUCUCCGCACAGCAGGCCCUCGCCUCCGCCCUCUUCCUCGACCAGCCCGCCAUGACAAACCGCAAGAGCGCCUUUAUGCUGGCUGGCCGGCUCCUGCUGUCCACGCUAUUUGUGUGGGUUGGCGUGAAGGAGAUUCAGCGGCAAAUGGAGAACACGAUUGAGCGCAACGGCCACGUGUACCGCCGCCGCCCCGUCGGCGAUGGCCAUGAUGCAAUGUGGUACAAGCUCCUCGAAUUCGCGCUCAGCAUCCCCUUCAUGCUCGGGCUGUUCACGUCGGCGGCUGCCCGCGCCCUCGCCUGUGUUCUCCUCCUCGAAGCGCUCACGGCGUGGGCGUGGUGGCGCUCAACCCUCUCUGUCGGGUACCGCAUUCACGCACGCGAGCACUUUGCGGUGAAUGUCAGCGUUGCUGGCGGCCUGCUGCUGCUGUGCGCCAUUGGUGCCGGCAAAUACACCGUUGACGAGCUCCUCAAGAAGAAGGACUCGUAGCCCCGGUCGUCGCCAUCACGACGACCGUGAUUGGAGGGUGGGAUGUGGCGGAUAUGGAAGUCGUGAUGGCAGUGGUGGUCGUGAUAGCAGUGGUGGUCGUGAUGGUGGGGUUGAGUUGGCAAUUGUGGGGAUUAUGAUGCAGCAGACAGGCGCGAUGGGUGCACAGGGAUGGCGACGAUCGGACGGACUGUGGAUGUGCCCAUGCUCCUCAUCACGCGUUCGCGAAGCGUGGUGUGGUUGACUGUUGCGCCCGUUACAACUGUUCAAACUUCGUUUUCAAAGCUUGUGUAUUUCGCGGUCUCUAUUGCUGUGUACAAGUUGAAUCAUGAAGAUGAAGAGUAAAUGAAACCAGAAUGCGGGAACGAUAUAAGACCCGUGCAGGCAGUCCAACG